AUGCUCUUAAUUGCCGCAACAAUCCUCGUCGUGAUUUGCAGGACCAUUGAAUCAACACCUGAAGAGGACAAGAUCGUGAAGCUACCAGGACAGCCAGAGGUUAGCUUCCAGCAGUAUGCAGGGUAUGUGACUGUUGAUGAAACCCAGCAGAGGAAACUGUUCUACUACUUUGUUGAAGCUGAGACCAACUCCACUUCCAAGCCUCUCGUUCUCUGGCUAAAUGGAGGGCCUGGUUGCUCGUCAGUUGGCGGUGGAGCUUUCACUGAGCACGGCCCGUUCAAGCCCAAUGCUGCAGGCUAUCUUGUAAAAAAUGACUACAGUUGGAACAAAGAAGCAAACAUGAUAUACCUGGAAUCGCCUGCUGGAGUUGGUUUCUCCUACUCAACAGAUUCAUCAUUCUACAACUCUGUGAACGAUACCAUAACAGCGCAUGAUAACUUGGCGUUCCUACAACAAUGGCUGCUCAAGUUCCCACAAUACAAGAACAGAGAUCUGUUCAUCGCGGGAGAGAGUUAUGCUGGUCACUAUGUCCCACAACUUGCUCAAUUAAUCGUGGAGUCGGAAUCAAAUCUCAGCAUGAGAGCCAUAGCUAUAGGGAACCCGACACUAGAGUUCGACACAGACUUCAACGCGGAAGGGCAGUUCUAUUGGUCUCACGGCUUGAUUUCAGAGGAUACCUAUAACUUCGCCAACGCAGCCUGCAACACUUCACGGCUCAGGAGACAGGCCAUGUCAAGGGAUUUUUCUGAAUCCUGCAAAAUCGUUGCAGCCCUGAUUCAUGCUCAAGUUCCUGAGCAAGACUUUGAUACGUAUGAUGUCACUGCCGAUUCCUGCUUAUCAAAAGCUGCAACGAACGUUGCAGCUCUAAAGCAGCACUCCUGGGCAACCAUUUUCCAUCCAUUCUCAUCUCUGCGUUCCAACCAAGCUGGUGCUCGCAGAUAUGCUGUAAGUUUCGAUGAAUUUCCAGACCUCUGCAUACAAGAUGAGAUGAACAAGUACUUGAACAGGAAAGAUGUUCAACAAGCUAUGCAUGCUCAGCUUGUAGCCAUCAGCAACUGGACUGCUUGUACCCACCGCAUAAAGUACGAUGAGAGCAACUUGGAGAAUCCAACAAUUGGAGUGGUGGGAUCGUUGGUGGGUUCGGGGAUUCGAGUACUGGUUUACAGCGGAGAUCAAGAUGCUGCAAUCCCAUUCAUAGGUACAAGGAGUCUGGUGAAUCGUCUGUCGAAACAGUUGGGAUUGAACACUACUGUGCCUUACAAGCCCUGGUUUGACGAUGAACAACAGGUUGGUGGAUGGACACAAGUCUAUGGGGAGAACAACAAACUUUCAUAUGCAACCAUUAGAGGAGCCUCUCACAUGGCCCCGCUCUCCUCGCCCAAGAGAUCGCUCACUUUAUUUGCUGCAUUUCUUGCUGGGAAGCCAUUGGCAGCUUGA